AACAAUGGGAGAUAUGGCAGCCUCUGCAGACAGCACAGACAGACACACAAUGCACAUGCCCAAGGACGGGCCUGUUCUAGCGGUAGCGUAGAGGAAACCGGCUUCCUCGUCACACUCACAGUGUGACUGCAGCUUUAACAGGGGGAUGGAUAAUAAUCUCUGUAACCGGAAAGCAAAAAUGUAAUGUUUGAGCGUGCUUUUUUUUUUUUUUUUUUCUUUCUUUCUUUUCUUGUUUUGUACUUGUCAUUUUGUCCUGCUACAUGGAGUUCUGGGAUGUGCUGAGUGAAUGACAGAAGGCAGCAGCAAGCUCCAUGGUUGUACUGUUGGGAGACAGAGGUGCCUGACAGGAGACUAACUCCUCUUCAAGGAUCAGCGAGAGCUAAUAUCACAGAUGAUAACAAUGUCUGAUGAGAUGGAACAGAGAACAUGCAAUGAGGAGUUUGGCUCAGAUGAGGAGGGGGAGGAGGCAGACGUGGAGUCUUACCUGGAGGAUAACAGCAGUGAGCUUAUGGACCGACUGAGAGAGCUGGAGGCGGAGAAUUCUGCCCUGAUGCUGGCCAAUGAGAGUCAGAGAGAGGCGUACGAGCGAUGUUUGGAUGAGGUGGCCAACCAUGUGGUGCAAGCUCUGCUAAACCAAAAGGAUCUGAGGGAGGAGUGCAUCAAGCUGAAGAUGCUGGUGUUUGACUUGGAGCGACAGAACCGAGCACUCUGUGAGCUUUUUCAGCAAAAACUGCCCAAUCAUCCCACUGCUCACUACCAGGUCCAGGCGGGUCCCCUCCCAGACUACAAUGCACAGCUGCACAAUGACUCUGCCAAACAGGUGGAGCCAGCACAGACUGAAGCACAAGCCAAGGGAAAUGGCUACCGCACACAACAUGCCUCGCCUGGCCCGCGUGGCCCCGCCACCUCCAUGGAGGCUCUUUCCCCCUUCUUUAAGAAGAAAGCACACAUCCUAGAGGUCCUUCGCAAAAUGGAGGAGACAGACCCUCUCAAGUUCCACCCCUCCACUGCUGGCAUGUCUUUCUGUGACUUCAGCCAGGUGCUAAUGUCUACAGAGGCUGUUUUGGCUACUGCAGACCCUCUUCCACUCCAGUGCAAAUCCCACCACACACACUGCCACUGCUCCCACAGUGACACUGACACACAACAGCAUGUCAACAGCGAAGGAGCAGUGAAGUGUGAGGGAACAAAUGCCUGCUGUUUACACUGCAAGAGGAGCCCAGGAAGUCCUCCAAAGACAUGCAACCAUGUCUGUAGUCCUUCAGUAGCCAGCUCAGCCACCCAGAGCCACGUAGUUCCUGCGGCUGCUACAAGUGAAUGUCACAGUAAGAGCAGAACUGCAGAGUUUGUUCCCCCGUCUAAACAACGUGUCAAGAAUGAUGGCCACCAGCAAACGGCAGGCACCAUCAACCUUCCGUCUGUUAACAAAAUAGCCGAUCAGAUGGUAGAGGUGAUGGCAGUGGAACAGGAGCAGAACGACAUGGAGAAGCUUCAGAACACCAGUGUCUUAAACGAACUCACUGGUUUCUGUCCCUCCUCCCACCUGAUGAGUUCUGUGAAGGAGAGCGGAGAGAUCUCCCAAAGUCACACUAACUGUGUUCCCGAUGGCUCAUCACUCUCCACAAUCAACAAUGCCAUAUCAAAUGACCCCUCAGCUGUCCCAGACAAAGACACAGACCAAGAGGCCUCCUCUGUGAGAGCCGGGGCCUCUGUCAGCCCAAGCUCCUCCUGCCUCACCGAUGUCAAAACUGCUGCCAUUAACUCUCCAUCCAAAUUGCUAAAAUUUUUGAAGAUCCCCUCAAUAGGGGAGAAGUCUCAGGCUUCAAACCCAUCUGUCCGGCUGAGCCCCCAGCUCACCCGCAACUCCAGGAUCCCCUGUCGAACCAAUAACUAUGAAGUAUACCAUUCUCCUGUUCCUACUCGCAGAGCCACCACCACAGAGAGGUGCAGGCAGCCCCCACCGCCACCCUCCAGGUCUGAGUCCUACCCAGCCACACAUUCUGCUCCAACAUCCCCACCACAGCAUGAGGAUGCUUCCUCCACACCAGCUAAGGAAAUAAUCUACAGCAGCCUCUCUGCACCUAAAGGCACAGCUUACUCCAAAAUUGGCCCUGCUGCUCCUUCCUCCACAUCCACCUCCUCACCAAAAGGAUCUCAAAUAGUCCCCCAUUAUGAAAACAUCUGUGAUAUAUCGGUGGCCUCAAGAGAAAAAGGGCCAACCCUGGGUCUUGAGAAGAGAACUACGCUGCCCUCACAAUCAAAGGCAAACUGUGGUGAGAGGAAGCUGGUUAAAUCACUUCCAGAAAGUGUCCUCAACACAAGUCCUCAACAAAAGCAGUCAUCUUCCUCAACAUCAGAGUCCACAUCAGAUGAUGAAGAAUAUUCAGAUAGUCCAGUGUGGGUAAACCACCGUGGCCUGCUCAACUCAUCCGCUCUCAGCAAAGCUCAGGGCAGAGCUAACUACUCACAGACGACGGACACAAGGGAGGCUACUGUCACAAACUCUGAAGUUGCCCAGCAACCACCUUCAGCCAGGAGGAAUGAUUCCUCUUCCAUUCCCAAGUGGCCUGGGACUGGUUCAGUGAGAUCUCAGGUUGAUUCUAGUCACCAUGCCUUCAAAGACAGGCUGGCUGCACUUGGAAAACUGCGGAGCUCUGAGGAUUUACAGGUCAAUCUGAGGUCAGUGGAUGUAGUCAGUGCACAAUGCAGUGAGAGCAGUAUCACCUACGGCGAUGAACGCAGUAAGACCACAGAGAGACCUAUAGAGCACCUCAAAGAGGAGCAGAGACAUUCUAAAUACACAGACUCUUUGGAUAGUAAACCCAAAGGUGCUAGUAGUGGGUUAAAAUACCCGGGGCAAUCACAUGUGUAUGAACCCGGGGUGAAAUCUUCUAGUCCUAAUGUGGUUAAACCAGAAUUGUGUGUGACCAAGACAGAAGUCUCCAAAAGUAAAACAGGUCUGCCUUCCCCCAACACAGAUGCUCCCCAGGUGCUACGCAACAACAUGAAGUGUCCUGGCUCCUUGAAUCUGGUGUAUAAUAUCAAACCUGGUGUCAGUCCCCACAGCAGCAACAGCCCCAGCAAAGUACCCCCCAAGUCACCCUCCAAACCUUGUCAGGGACCGUCCGUCCACAGAGGAGGGAAACCAACAGACGCCCCGCGUUACUCAUCCAAAUCAGAGGAGAGGACCAAGAUCGGUGGGAAGGGGAAAAAGAAUCCUAUGUAUGGAGACAGCCUCCCCCCUCCUCCUCCAAGACCUCCAACAUCUGAAACCCAUGGAGACAAGCCAUUGCAGCCAGUCCUGAGCCUGCAAUCUGCUAUUGAGCAGAAGGUGAUGAAAGGUAUAGAAGAAAAUGUUUUGAAGCUCCAGGAGCAAGACAGAGGAGGGCAAAGCAGUGAGGUCAAGCAGAAAGCCUCCAAUGGCAUCGCAAGCUGGUUUGGCCUGAAGAAGAGCAAGCUGCCGGCAUUGAACCGCAAGACGGACGCAACCAAAGCAAAGGACGAGAAGAGGGAGUGGAAGAUCAACAUCCCUUCAGUGGGGAGGGAUUCUGUGAAAAUGGCCACCAGGUGCAAAGAAGGAGUGGAAGGUCUGAACAUCUCCACUCUGAUGGAGAAGGCAGAGGGGCUGAGGAGAGCGCUGGAGGAGGAGAGAGCGUAUGUGGAACGCUCAGGCAGGGGUCACUCCUGUGAAGUGGUGAUGGACCAGGCUCAGGGACAGCUGGCUGUCAUGUACAGGGGAGCGCGCUCUGACAACUUUAUGCAACAGCUGCUAAACAGAGUGGAUGGGAAAGAUGUUAUCGUUCCACAACGCCGGCUCUCGUUUGAUUGUAAGACCUCCAAGCAGGUGUUUAGUCAACAGAGUGAUGUCAUCACUCACACCACCAGCAGUGACGACAUGGACAAGGAAUCAGGUCGAAUUGGAAACGUGACAUCAGAUGAGAACAUUGCAGACUCUGUUCACUCGCAACACUUUGCAGGUUCUGGUGCUUCCACAUACACCCUAGACAGUGGCAUUGGUACGUUCCCUCUGCCUGACUGCAGUAGUAGUGGAGCAGGAAGGGGAGUGUCCAAGGCAAGGGUCGGGGCGGAGCACCAUUCCUCGGGCUCUCCAGGGAGAGCUGGGCGACGUGCUCGCACCCUGGACAGGGAGCUGCCGCCACAGGAUGAGAGCAUUGUGCCGCACAAGCAGCUGAUACCCACAAUUCAGUACAGCUCGGUGCUGGAGGGAAGAAGCUCAGCCGGCAUUAUCCAUGAAGGUGCCAAUAAAACUGCCCCAUUAACACGCAACAGCUUGACAAAAUCAGACAAAGAGGCCCACGGAGGCAACAUGUUCUCCACUCGCACCAAGACGUGGACCUUCCCCAACCUGAAAACCCCAGCAGGUCCUGCAGAGGUGUACCUGGCUGUGGAGGAGGAGGAGGAAGAGGAGGAGGUGUCGUUUGGAACGCCGUUCAGAGGGAGCAUGAAGACGGAUGGAUCCUCUUCCAGCCGGGGGGUUGACCCAGCCAGUCUACCUGUCCCUGCACAGAUAGGCAUCAGCCGCAGGGGAAAAACUCGUACUCCCAGUGUCCCUGAGAUGAGCCGGGAGGCAGGGCUAGAGCUGCUUAGAGAGCGGCCAGAGGAAGCUCUGUCCCCAAGCCGCCCUCAGGUCCUAGAGACCCCCGAGUCGCUCAGCGACUCGCUGUACGACAGUCUGUCGUCCUGUGGUAGCCAAGGAUGAUCCAUCCAAGGACGGUGGGGAGGAAGCACCUGCUGGUGAGCGUCCAUAAGACCCAGCAUCCUCCUGAACACAUCUUGUCGUUUCUGGCUGCAGUUUCGCUGCUGACCUUUGAGUAACACAUCAGAAACUGAGCCACAGCUCCAGUGCUGUCUCAUUGUGUCUCAGUUGCAACUGGAAAGACGGCCUGAUGGGCUUCUCCUCAGGAUUUCCAUUAACCGUAAAGCCAAAACGCCACCUGCUGGUUGGACACUUUUUCCACAGGCUGUGGAGCGCUCUCUAAUGUGUAUAGGAAAAGCAUGGCCAAGCUAAUCGUUAGCACAAAGACUGUCAGAAAAAUCCGUGUUCAGCUUUUGCCCUCGUUGUUUCAGAGGGAUCUUUGUUAUGGAAGUGUUGACAUACUGUACCACCACAUCCACUCCGUUCCACAUUUCACCACGUAAUGUACCAAGGAGAGGGAAGGGGGAAAAGAGUUUGAUUGCUAAAUUGAUGCAUCACAGUUUGAAAUGUAUAAACAUUUCACAACCGGUGAGGUUGUUAAUGUUUAAGUCAUAAUACAUUUGAAGGUAAUAUAUACCAGCAAUAAUAGAUAAGAGAAAUGGCUACACUAUUCAGUUAUGUAUUUGUAUUAUUUAUUUUAAAUGUACAUCUUUUCUUGUCAUUUAUAAUCUUCCAAUGAAUGUUGCUGUUUCUUCACCUUAGUAUUAGAUUUUGUUGCUGUUUGUUCCUUAGCUAAUAGAAAUCUUGCGCACCGACUGCUGUUUUUCAACUUUUUAAUUAAAACAUUUUGAUUUA